AUGAAAGCUGUAAUUUUAGCACUGGCAUUGACCCUUGUGGAAACUGUCCUCAGUCCUGAUAAAGUUUUAUUGUAUGAUUAUGAAUUUGAAGUUCAGGACAAAAUAUCCAAAGAUGGCUUUUCAAGUGCUGGAUUAAAAGCUAAGUGUAAAGUAGAAAUUGGAAAUGUUGAACAAGACCGGAAGUUUCUAAAGGUUGACUGUUUUGAAGGACUGGAUUACAAUGGCAUAUAUCCCUGGAUCAAGUUUGUUUCAUCACCCAAAUUAACUGCAGUGUUUCAGAAACACUUGAAGAAUGUAAUUGUUACAUUUCAACACAGAAAUGGGCAUGUCGAUGACAUAAUGGUUCCAGACCAUGUCUCAGAAUUUGCUUUAAACCUCUGCAAAGGAAUUUUGAAUUUAUAUGAAAAUACCAUCAAGAAUGACCAGAAAACAUAUAAUAUAAAAGAGGUUUACUGUGUUUGGAGUGGUUGCCCCAAACUGAAGAUCCACCACAGUUACUGUGUAGUCAUUGAUGUUAGCAUCAAUGAGAACUUCCAAAUUGCACCUUCAAAUCAUAUAGGGAGAGCAAGGUUUUUCUGCUCUAAGAAUGGCAUUGAAGGUAGGUGUGACACCAACUACCUCCUUCAAAACGCUGAAAAACCAGAUGAAUUCUUGAUGACCAAAUCCAAAGAUUUAACUACUUGUGAUAACAUGGCUAGAAAGGUUGUUGGUGUUGCAUAUGUUACUUCCUGUGAAUUCUGCAGACAGAAAAAUAAGAAUUUUCAAGGCACAAGUAUAUACAACUACAGAAUGAAGGAUUUGAAGGAAAGGAAUGAGAAAAUAAUCAUACAACUCACUGCUCAAGAAAUUCAGCAAUUUUCACCAUUCAGAGAACGAACUGAAGAAAGUGUCAUAAUGGAGGCCAGGCAAAAACUGGAACUCAUUGAAGCCCAUAGCCGCUUGCCACAAAUACCUUCUAACUUGAAGAAACACGGGUCACUUCUAUAUAGUUUUAAAGAUAUUCUACUUCCUGUUCCAUUAUCAAAAAUCAAGAAUAGAAAGAAGGAGUUCAAGCAUGAUUUUUUCCACAGACCCAUCAUUUUGGAUUUAAUCUCCACUGUGGGUAGUUCAAGCGGGCUAAAAUAUGUGAGGCACAAAAUAGUUCAACAAGAGAUCACCACAACUGAAGCAGCCCAAACAUUGCUUGUCUUCUUCCAUUUCUGCAAUGCAUCUGAAGAAGUCGUCGAAGAAGCUAUGGCCAUUAUAACAGACAUUCUUAAAGGUCCAAAGAGCCUCUAUCGUACUUCCAUCUGUCUCUCCUAUGGAUCAUUACUUUCCAGAUUCUAUGCUGUCUCAAACACAAUCCCCGACAAAUAUCUCAAGCCUCUGACUGAUUUUGCAACUAAAGCCAUAAGUUCAUCUGACAUAGAUGCAAGUGUCUUGGCUUUGAAAACAUUUGGAAAUGUGAGACACAUAAUUGUCUUGAAACCCAUUAUGAAGUAUCUGCAAUCUGCUGUUCCCUCCGAUGUUAGAAUUCAACAGAAUGCUAUCAUGGCUCUAAGAAACCCUGGCCAAAAAGAUCCUAUACGGGUACAAGGAAUUUUACUUCCAAUGAUCAAGAAUUACAAAAUUGCUCCUCUUGUCCGCACAUGUGCUGCCUUUGUCCUUCUGGAAUUGAAGCCUACUUUCCCAGUCCUGAUGACCUUAGUUAAUGCAAUGUUACAUGAGCCUAGUAUAGAGGUUGAAAACUUCGUCUACAUGUACCUCAGCACAAUAGCCGAUAGCAGAUCUCCUGAAUUCCUAGUGAUGGCUCCUUCUUACAGGAUGGCUCUUAAAGUACUAUCUGAAAAAAAUCACAGAUGGGCUGGUUAUUUGGUCAGCAGAUAUUCCCACAUUGAGUACUUUGAUGAAAUUUACAAGGCUCGUCUGGGAAUGAAUUCAAUGUUUCUUCAUGAAGAAAAGAAUACCCAACCAACAUUUAUAAUGACCAAUUUCAAGGCAAUCUUCAUGGGCAGCAUAUUUUCUCUUUUUGAGGGGGGAAUUCAAAUACAAAGAAUAAAGGAAAUCAAAGAGAUUCUGCAUCAAGUUAGCAAAGGUCAAGAUUCACAGCAACGUCAGAAAGAGCCUUCUGGCCAGAAAAUCACAACAGAUAAGGUGCCUGAUCUAGAAGGAUAUGUCAAAAUAUUUGGACAGGAAAUUGGAACUACAUGUAUAAAGGGUGAAAGUAUUCGACAAAUGUUACAGGCAUAUCAAGAAAAAGCCCCUCUUCCGUGGGUAAAAUAUAUUACAGAUGUCCUUAAAAAUCUUCCAACUAUUCAGUGGGAGAAAUAUUUCAUGUCUGCAGAAAUCCAGCGUGUUGUGCCAACUUGUACUGGGUUACCUUGGCAAAUAGGUUUGGUCCAUAUUGCUCACACAAAAAUUGCUGGAGAUGUUCAGUUAGUGGUGACUCCCGAACCAACAUCCCAAAUCACAUGGCCUGACAUAAUUAACAGUGAUAUCAAACUGAAAACUGGGCUGAGACUUUCGAUGACGAAGGACAUGAUCUUAAGUAUGGGAUUUAUUACCCCAGAAAUUCAUGCCAUUCUAGAAAGCAAGGCCACAGUGACAGCCAACGUCCCCAUAAAUAUGGAUUUUGCUAUGAAUAUUAAAGAAAACACCUUCAAACUUGAACUUCCACCAUGCAAAGAGGAAACAGACAUAAUUUCUCUAAGAUGGAAGACAUCUGCUAUCACAAGCAAUAUAGAAGAGGCUGCUGCUGUGUCAACUCCUGUUUCCUUCCCUGAAAAUCAGUCUAGAACAGUAGUGGAGUCCUUUGAUAUGUCAACAACCGAAGGGGAUGAAAGAAAGGACAUGCUUCCAUCAGAAAAAAAAUCAGCUGAAAAUCUCGAUGCACCAUUGAAAAAGUAUUUAGAAUCAACUCACCAAACAAAGUGCUUUGAAACCUGCACAUUUGGUUGUAAGGCUUGCUUUCACUGGGCAAAUAUGAAUACUGCAUGUAUUGCACGAAAAUCUAUAUACAACGUCAUUGGAGAACAUGUUUUUAAAUUCUCCCUCAAGGAAUCUGAUCCAAAUGUCCCAAUUGAGAAGCUACGAUUCACCAUUCGAAGAGGUGCUCGUGUUGCUGAUCAGAUGGUGCAUUUGUUUAAAAAUGAAGAAAAGUAUAAAUCAAUUGAAGAACUUAACAAGAUCUAUCAGGAUGACACUGAUGAGAGCAGUGAAACUUCAUCAAGCAAUGAGAGUGGUUUGAAGAAAAUUAUAGCUCUAAAACAAGUUACUACCAGCCAGCAGCAAGAUAAUGAUCAAGAACAACAGGAACCAUAUCAGAAGAAACCUCAGUUCCAACAGCAUCAUUCUUUGGAUAAAAAGCAAAAACUUGAUGGUACUAGCAGCAGCAGUAGCAGCAGCAGCGAUAGCAGUGACAGCACCCAAAAUGAUACAUAUAUUUACGGAAGACAACAACAAGAGAAGGGUUAUCCAAGUGGUGAGAAAGAUGGGGAUAAAAAGAAGCACGGCAAGAGGUCACAUCACAAUGAUGAGGAGGAAUUGCAAAGCCGAGACCUGGUAAAGCUUCCCUUCAGGGAAAGCCGGAUCGAACAGUCAAGCAGCCCAUUGUCUCAUUCUGAUGCAAGCAGCAGAAAUGAAUCCAGCUGGGAAGAAGAGGCAAAAACUCCUGGAGGUGUUCUCCUGCCAAAUGUCACGGCUGUGUUUGAAGCAGUUAGGCGUGACAGCAAAGUCCAGGGCUACAGUUUUUCCUUGUAUGAAAAGCAUGACCACUUCAAAACCCAUUUCAAAAUAGUUGCAGGUCAACUCAACCAUACUAAAUGGAGAGCAUGUCUUGAUAGCCUUGUGCUACCUUCCAAAUUCCAGUAUUCUUUGAGCUGGGGACAUGAAUGCAAGGAUUACAAAAUACAACUCAAGAUGUCCACAGGCAAAGUUGCAAUUUAUAAAGCUGUCGAACUGAAAAUGAAAUGGACCAAACUUCAUUUCUUACAAGAUGGACAUUAUUUCCGGUUUAUGUAUUUGCUUCCUGGAAUUGCAUAUCGUUUAGGCUUUUCCACAGUUUAUCAGAAGAAUCCUGCGCAUGAGUUUAUAGUCAGAAUUAUUGAAAAAUCUCCAGAAGGUCAUGUUGCCAUCAUUAAAGUUCCCAAGAUAACCUUUUACAAGGAUGAUUUCUAUCCCGAAUUUUUCCCCACUGCCAUUCCAAGUCCACAUUAUCAGAAUCCAAAAUUAAGCAAAUUGAAUGUAGCUUUAUGGCUGUCCAAAGAAGUUGAAGCUGUAUGUGAAGUGAAGAAUGAAAGGAUUACAACCUUUGACAACAAGACAUUCAGCAUGGGUACUGUCGACACAGAAUGUGACCUUCUGAUAGUUAAGGAUUGUACCACAUCUGACAGUUAUAUAUCAAAAUUCCAAAUAUGGAUCCACAACAAACCUGGUUUGCCAAAAGAAAUUCAUAUAUUCAUUAAUUCAGCCAGCAUUGAUCUUUGUGUCUUCAUUUUUCUUUCUUUCCAGAUAACCUUUUACAAGGAUGAUUUCUAUCCCGAAUUUUUCCCCACUGCCAUCCCAAGUCCACAUUAUCAGAAUCCAAAAUUAAGCAAAUUGAAUGUAGCUUUAUGGCUGUCCAAAGAAGUUGAAGCUGUAUGUGAAGUGAAGAAUGAAAGGAUUACAACCUUUGACAACAAGACAUUCAGCAUGGGUACUGUCGACACAGAAUGUGACCUUCUGAUAGUUAAGGAUUGUACCACAUCUGACAGUUAUAUAUCAAAAUUCCAAAUAUGGAUCCACAACAAACCUGGUUUGCCAAAAGAAAUUCAUAUAUUCAUUAAUUCAGCAGAAAUCACAAUCCGAGGUGCCAUAGGGAUGCUGGAUGUGUUACAUAAUAAAGCACCAAUACCAACAAACAGAGACCGAUAUGAAGACAGCAGAGAAAAAAUUGAAAUUUUGAGAACAACCAACAAUGUUAUUAUCAACGUUUCUGAAUAUGGCUUGGAAAGUGUGACAUAUGAUGGUGACAUACUGAGAAUAAAAACUUCUGCCAAAGUACAAGGCAAAACCUGUGGACUGUGUGGAGACUACAAUGGAGAAAUGAAACAUGAAUACCUGAUCCCAAAUCAAGCCGGCACUGAGCAAUACUGAUUUUUAAUUCCCAAACUUUAGCAGGAUUCAGAAACUGCAAUGGACUCGAUUUAAUCCAAGAAGACCCAAGAUGAUGCAAGAAGACCCAAAAAAGUCUCGUUGACAAGAUCUGACUGAAGACAGGAAAGAUCUUUCCCAGAUAAACUCUUUCAGACAAAAGCUUUAGCUCAUAGUUGAUCUAAAUAAUUUGAGGGAUGUGGAAACCCUAUGUAAUAUGAAUAGUUUAUGCUAA